AUGCCGGACACCUCAACCUUCGACCAAGACAUCAAAGACCUCCACCUCAUCUACGACUACGAUGCCCAAGACGCCCAAGGCAACCCGGAGAAAUGGCGCUACGAGAUGUGGUUCUACAGUGAGGACCGCAUAGUCUACGCCAUCCAUGGCGGGCCCAUGACUGGCCGCAAGAACUUCCAGACCGCGACGUAUCAAUGCAUUCGACCGGGCGAGCUGUGGCAAUGUAAUUGGCUAGAAGAGACGGGCACGAUAUGCAGCUUGGUGUAUGAUAUCAAGAAUGGGACUAUCACGACUCUGUUAGGUUUCUCGAAGGGACACUGGGAGUACCCCAAGGAGGCGCAUGGUGAUAAGAGGAACAAGGAGGAUUUGGAGAGGUGGAGGGGGUUGGCGAAGGUGGGAAGUCAGGUUGAGAGGCAUAUGUUGAGCGAGCAGGCGACGAUUGUGGAGAAGUUUCAUGGGAGUGGUGAUUUGGAGCCGAUUGAUGAGAGUUGGCCGACGUUGUAG